GGAAAGCGUGGUGAUCACACACAAUGAUCACAUUAAUGGGGAAAGAAGGACAGGAUACGCUCUACAGCAGUUUGCUGGGACAUAGACAGGCUGCAUGCUGAACAUUCCUGCUCUGGCAUACAGUACUGGUAGGGAAUUCUUAGAAAAGAAUAUAUUCUCAGCAGAGCAGAGCAUUCUGGUACAAUAGACAAAGACACAUGGAUACUGAUCACAGAAUUAACAACGGUCAAAGUGAAGCGGUAGUGCAGGUGUUAGUUUGACUGUCAUUAGUGGAGUUCUCCAAAAAGCCACAGAGAAGAACGAUUAAAAGAUAAGGGUAUUUCCCAAUAAAAGCUGUCGCCAUGGGAGAAUGGACCAUACUGGAGCGACUGCUGGAAGCAGCUGUCCAGCAGCAUUCAACCAUGAUUGGGAGGAUUCUCCUGACUGUGGUGGUGAUCUUCCGCAUCCUGAUUGUGGGGAUAGUGGGUGAAAAGGUGUAUGAAGACGAGCAAAUCAUGUUCAUCUGCAACACCAUGCAACCUGGCUGUAACCAAGCCUGCUAUGAUAAGGCCUUUCCCAUCUCCCACAUCCGCUACUGGGUCUUUCAGAUCAUCCUGGUCUGUACCCCAAGUCUUUGCUUCAUCACCUACUCGGUUCACCAAUCUGCCAAGCAACGUGAUCGUAGCUACUCUUUCUUACACCCAUACAUGGAGAGAGAUCAUGGACGUGGUGAUCAUGCUCGCAAGCUGCGCAACAUCAAUGGAAUUCUCGUACAGAACCCAGAGACUAUGGGAAAGGAUGACCAUGAGUGUUUGGGUAUGAAGGAGAUUCCCAAUGCCCCACGCGGGCUCACACACACAAAGAGUGCAAAGGUACGCCGGCAAGAGGGUAUUUCUCGAUUCUAUGUCAUUCAGGUAGUCUUCCGUAAUGCCCUAGAGAUAGGCUUCUUGGCUGGCCAGUACUUCCUGUAUGGGUUCAAUGUUCCAGGCAUGUUCGAGUGUGACCGCUAUCCUUGUGUGAAGGAGGUGGAAUGUUAUGUUUCCCGACCUACUGAGAAAACAGUCUUCCUGGUCUUCAUGUUUGCAGUCAGUGGUAUUUGUGUGCUGCUCAACUUAGCUGAACUCAACCACCUUGGCUGGCGAAAGAUUAAGACAGCGAUUCGAGGGGUACAGGCUCGACGCAAGUCCAUUUGUGAAGUGCGCAAGAAAGAUGUCUCACAUCUGUCACAGGCACCCAACCUUGGAAGGACCCAGUCCAGCGAGUCUGCUUAUGUGUGACACACGUAUCUCCAGAACUGGAAAUGUAUCAGAUCUUUUUUUUAAGUUUUAAAUAGAACAUCUUCCUCUUCCUUCCUUAUCAAAGAAAAAAUGUGAAUGAAAGCUAUGAAUGGGAAGACAGUUGAGAAAGAAAAUGUUUAGACUCCAAGGAGAUGAAGUAACAUCGGCAUGAAGAAUGUAUCAAACCGACGUGCAUCAGUGUCAUUGUGGACAAGUUUCCUUAUAGUUACCCAGAAAAUACAAGCAACCCCUUCUUUCACAAAUUUUAAGUGUCACUGAUUUUCAUUAGGAGAAUUCCUCUGAAAACACUCAGGUUUCUAGUGUUAAAACUAUAUAAAAAUAAGCCAGAAUUGCCAAAAUGAAAGAAUUAUCUUAACAUGGGCUUCAUUUUUUAUUUUUACUGCGGGCUGCAGUCUAGGUCUCCUCUAUACUGUACAUACGUACUUAUUUUAUAAAUUCUGUUUAUUUAUUUAUUUUGUGUAUUUAUGUAUGUAUCUAUUUAUUUGUUUUUGAGCUUCUUGAAAAUGAAGCCCACUCAAAGCAGGAAAAAUAACGUAUUUACAUUUUCCUUAUUUUUAAACAACUAGCAUAAAGAUCGUUCUGCUUUGUGCCAACUAGUGCAAUAAUUAAAAGCGAUAUAAUGAAUUGUCAAUUAAUAUAUGAGUGAUAAUGAACUAAGAAUAUAUAUUUUGUUGGGAUCAGGGCAAUAGUAUUUUUGUUGGGGUUUGGACGGUACAGAGGUUAUGUAGAUGGUGUAUAUGCCUCUGAAUUGUCUCAUGUACUCAUGACAAUACAUUCAUAUUCCAAAAAACAAAAAUUAAGCAUGCUUACAGAACAAUAACGGAAUAGAAGAACUAUAAUGACAUGUAACCUAAAAGAUUUGUUUAACAGAUUUGCAUCCUUUUCCUGUCUCAUUUGCAUGCAUGCAUGAGGGAUAGAAAGUAAUACACAAGUUAUCCUGCACCUUUACAUGCAGCAAUGCUGAGAAACUCUGUAGCUUCAGCAAUAAUAUUUAUGAAGAUUACUAAACAAUUAUUAAAAUCUUUGAUACUUCUGCUAUACGUAAAUGUCACUCUGCAAUAUGACGGAGCGACUUGACUCAAUAAAAUGUAAACAUUUUACCUGUUUACUAAGACAGCAGAAAAAAAUAUAUAUUAUAGAAAUACUCUUUAUUUACAUGAUGUCUGUAUUAAUGUAUUUUGCACACAUUUUCCACCUGAAUUGAUAACUUCAAUGAAUGAAGUCUGACUGGGUAGUCUAAUGAUAAGGGGGUAGAUUUCACAGGUAGUUAAAUAACUUUUCAAUCUCCAGGGUAUCUUACCAUGCUGCACCAGUAAAGAACAGAGGAAAUAUCCCCCAACCAAGACUGAGAGUGAUAAAUAAGAAUGAAUUUUAGAAACUGGUUCUUUGAGGUAGAAUUUUUAAGUAUAUAUAUUUGAUUCACACUUAUUGUCAAUAAUAAGGGAGUCUGUAGUUGGCUUCCUGCAAAGUAUAAAGAUGGGUGGGGUUAAGUUUUAAGUUACUCUGGGGUUUCAUUGAUACUGUUAUUCUAGGAUUGAAUGUUUCAAGGUGGGAUAUUUAUGAUGCAUGAGAUUUGGGAACUGAGAAGGCACUCGUCUCUGAUCAUUAUGAAUCAUUUAAUUAAAUUAGCUUAUUACAUGAUGGACAGGUAUCCCUUACGAGUCACUGACUUCCAAUUUUUUAUGCGUACGACUGAACGUUUGCACCAUUAGCCACGCUUAGCUCACUAGCAAUCUUGUCCACAGUUACUAUCUUUGCACUCAACUUUUUCAGUGUUUUUGUGUCACCUCAACUCAAUUUAUCAAUUCCAUUUUUACUCACGGUAAUUAUUGGAAAUUAGGUCCCCAGCAAGAUUUCACCUUACAAUUUCCAGCAUUAGGCUCACAAGAGGAUACCUGUACUCACUUUAACUGAAAAGGGGAGAAUCAAAUGACCACUUGCUAAUUCAGAGUGUGUUGCCUAGACAUAUAUGUCACUUUUUACAUUUAAUGAAAAAGAUGACUUUAGAUUAAUGAAAUAAUGUGGUCAUGUUAAUUAGGUCCAACCAAACAGCAUGAUUUUUUUUUGUUUUUUACUGACAAUGAAUGGAACUAAUUAUUUCAAUUCUAAUUGUUAUAAAACUGGAAGAGACCUUGCAUGCCUUUACAAAUUUUACUUAAAAUUGCUCUAUGCACGAGAUCGAAAAGCAUGGUUUUAUAUUUAUUAUAUAUCUUCUAAAUCUUAUUUCAAAAUAUGCAAAUUUAUUUCGAUCUCAAGACACAUUAAAAUUCAAAAACCAAUCAUUUUAGCUGACACUGUAGUAUAAGCUACUUGCAAUUUAACCCAGGUUAAAAGGAAAUUUAUGAAUAAAUUACUCAUGAAAUAAACUGCAAAGUAAAUCAUAGUGGACUGAGUUCUUGUAAUGCAGUUGAGAGGAAGGCUUUUGGCAGUAUGAAAGAUCCAGACCUGAUAGCUGAAUAUUGAAAUGGGAUUCCAUCAUAUUUUUAUUGACUGACAAACAUAACAUAGCGUUUAAAAAAACAUGCUGGAAUUGUGUUUUAAUUAGACAAAAUGAUGAACAGAUGAAAUAUCUCAGAUCUCAAUUUCUUAAGGGCCUCAUGUUAUUUAUAAAAAGGGACAAUUUACAAAGAAUCAAGAAGAUAAUGGUCCUACAUGACAUUACUUUUGAAAUCUUACACUCAUGACUUAAACUAAACUUAAUCUCACUACUUUAUUAAUGGAUACAUCUGCACAUUUUCCAUCUUCACCAUAGUGAACAUUGUGAAGAUUUUGAUUGCAAUAGAUGUAUAAACUGCUCUUUAAUCUUUUAAUUAACCUCUAUGUGUUUGUAUGAGUCAUGCAAUACUUUGUUGAAUUAAAAACGGUAUGCACAGCAGUUGGUUAACUGCUUGCUGAACCUCAGUCAGAAAUACUGAACCUUCUUUGUACGCGACAAUAAAAUUAUUUCCAUUUCAUUAGUAAAGGCAAUGAAAACAGUGAAUGUGACUUUAAAAUUUAUGUUUCAUCCUGCUUCUAACCUUUAUCCUGGAACCUCCCGAAGGUUUGACUUUGGUCAACAUGCUUUGAGAUAUUUAUUUAUUGAUGUAAAGCACUUUGGUCAGCCACUGGUUGUUUAUAUAAAUAAAAUGACUUGACUUGACUUAAGCUAUAACCCCAUUUUAAUGUAAACAACAUAUCCCACAAGAUAAACUCGUAACAACAUUUAGAACAUGUGUUUAGUUUAGUGUCAUGAAAUUUACACUUAAGGGUGGAAAAAUCCAAUAUGACAUCCUAAGAUCUCGUAAGAAAUGAUUUAUCUCAAAAUUGAUAUUAUGUUUGGAUAAUGCAUAAAUAAAAAUGAUUUUAAUCAUAAUUGUAUGAUGACUGAUAUUUAAUUACAAACUACAAUAUCUCUAUAUUUGCUGGGGUGUUACAGAGAAUCUUAUGCAAAUGUAUAUACACGCACAGAUAUUACAGUCCAUGUCUCAUUUAUGAUUUAAACAUUUCAAGUAGCCUUAAAUGUAAUCCUUGUCUCCUAUAUCAUCCUUGUUUACUUCAACUAAUCGUUUCUUGUUUUUUUGUAAAGUGUCUGGUAUGUUUGAAUUAUCUUGUAUCUAUAUGAUGUAAGUCUUUUUUCUAUACUUUUCAUUUAAAUAAUAUUCAUGUAUGUCUAUCUGCAGACCAGAAUAUCUUGCUCCAAAAAUAAAGCAACUGAAUGAUAUGAACAUGCUAUCA